UUCAAAAUAUUCUCCCACUCAUCGCAACUUGGUGAUAAUUUGCAUGUGUCUGACAGAGAUCGUCCGGGCCAUGACUUAUGUGAUCAACCAAGGGAUGGCAAUGUACUGGGGAACGUCUCGGUGGACAGCGAUGGAGAUCAUGGAGGCGUACUCAGUGGCAAGACAGUUUAAUUUGAUCCCGCCAGUGUGUGAGCAGGCGGAGUACCAUCUCUUCCAGAGGGAGAAAGUGGAAGUGCAACUGCCCGAGCUUUAUCACAAGAUAGGGGUUGGAGCGAUGACUUGGUCGCCGCUGGCGUGCGGCAUCAUCACAGGGAAAUAUGAGAAUGGCAUUCCUGAAUCUUCCAGGGCUUCCAUGAAGUCGUAUCAAUGGCUUCGAGAAAAAAUAGUGAGUGAAGAUGGACGAAAGCAGCAAGGCAAGCUGAAAGACCUCAACCACAUUGCGGAGAAGCUGGGCUGCACGCUACCUCAACUCGCUGUGGCGUGGUGUUUAAGGAAUGAAGGUGUGAGUUCAGUCCUGUUGGGAACAUCCAACCCCGAGCAGCUCACAGAGAACCUUGGGGCCAUCCAGGUUCUUCCCAAGAUGACGUCUCAUGUGGUGUCCGAAAUCGACCACAUUCUGGGCAACAGGCCGUACAGUAAGAAGGACUACCGCUCAUAGACCUUGCUGGUAGGACCACCCCCCAAGUGGUCAAGGCUGCGACAGACUUGUCAUACCGCCUACCAUGGACCUGCUGUGGCCUGCUUCAGACUGGAACAGACCCAGCAUUGCAUGACCUGGACUGUCUGAGCUGCCCUGCUCGGUUCCACGAGGCUAACAUCGGGUGCCAACCUGAUAAACCUCUCUUUGACGCUUCUAGUUUAGCUUAGUCAGCGUGGCCCUGUUUAGUAUCCGUCUGGACACAUGGUGCAGCCUGUUAAGUACGGUAUGUCUGGAGUCGGGGUGGGUAAACUUUUGUGCUGAUGGGCCAGAUUUGAUUUUUUUUAGGCCUGCCGUACACCAAGCAACGCUGCCGUUUGUGACAGAUCUGGACAUCUGGGAGCAAAUUACAGUCUGUGACUCACAGCUGUACACCUGGUGAUUGACCUUGCCACUCUAUGUGUUUUUCCUGGGAUACGAGGUUUUUAGGCAGUACCUUUAUCCGGUACUGUCUUAUAUUUCAUUGAACGAUGAAUAACAUGAUGCAUUUAUAAAGGAAGAAACAGAUUGCUUUGGCGGCUGCAGCUAAAUUAUAUGGGUUCGAUUCCGGCACCUUUCCUUUGUGGAAUUUGCAUGUUCUCCCCCAUCCCUGCCUGGGUUUUGUCCGGGUACUCUGGUUUCCUC